AUGGUCAGUAGAACAGAAGGUAACAUCGAUGACUCGCUCAUUGGUGGAAAUGCUUCCGCCGAAGGCCCAGAGGGCGAAGGAACCGAAAGCACAGUAGUCACCGGUGUCGAUAUUGUCAUGAACCACCACUUACAAGAAACCAGCUUCACAAAAGAGGCCUACAAAAAGUACAUCAAAGAUUACAUGAAAUCACUCAAAGGCAAACUUGAAGAACAGAAACCUGAAAGAGUAAAGCCUUUUAUGACUGGGGCUGCAGAGCAAAUUAAGCACAUCCUUGCUAAUUUCAAUAACUACCAGUUUUUUAUUGGUGAGAACAUGAAUCCAGAUGGCAUGGUUGCUCUCCUGGACUACCGUGAAGAUGGUGUGACCCCAUUCAUGAUUUUCUUUAAGGAUGGCCUAGAGAUGGAGAAAUGUUAACAAAUUGGAUCUGUCACCUGUCACCAUAGCUGACUGCUGCUUGCCAUCCAUACAACACCAGGGCUUAGGACAAAUGGGACUGAUGUCAUCUUGAGCUUUUAUUUUGACCAUGAUUUAUUUGGAGUGGAGACAUUGUUUUUUUUCUUUUCUUUUUUUUAAAAAGAAAGAACAUGUCGUGUAGGUUGUCUGAAAAUAAAGUGCAUUUAAAUUCACUUA